CCGGGGGUUUUCCCGCCAUCCGCCAGGGGGCGCUGAGGGGAGAGCGGGGCAAAGAUGGCGGCGGAGGCCCUCCUGGAGCAGCUCCUGGUGGCCCUGGGGACCCCCAAAAACGGGGAGCCCCGAAGGGGAGCUCUGCUGGUGGCCCUGACGAAGGAGGGGGCCCUGGGGGAGCCCCUCUGCACCCUCACAGUGACAGCCACGGGACCCCUCAGCUGUGACCUCGACCCUGAAGUGCUGGGUGGGGCCCCCCGGGGGGUGCAGGAGCUGCCGGGGGCCCCCCCAAAUCCCCGCCCCUGCUGCAGGCGGAUCCUCACCCGGGCUCAGGUGCAAAGGAGCCUCCAGGUGGAGUUCCACUUCUGUGUCAGCGUCGAUGGGAACGUCAUGUCCCGAACCCUGAGCCCAGAGACCCCCUGGGCACAGGCGGGAACGAGGCUGAGGGUGCAGAGCCGGCACUUCACUGGGCCGCCCUGCAGCCGCCUCCGCCCGUGCCCGGGGCCGCCGCUGCCGCUGCCGGUGCCGCCCCCGCUGGCGGCCGCGGGCUUCGGGGGGGACCUGGAGCUGCUCCCGGUCAGCGCCCUCGGCCCCCCCCGGGACCCCCGCCGGGCAGGGACCCCCCCUCUGCCGAGUGCAAAUAUCCGGCCGGGGGUCCUGGGGGGUUUGGGGGGAGAUUUGGGGUGUUCAAGGGAGCCGGUGCCCCCCGAUGUCACCUUUGGGGUGCGCUGGGACCCCCUUGAGGGGGACGGGGACCCCCAAACUUCCCCCGAGGGGGACCCCAAAACCCUCCUGGUUUUCCUCUUCCUGCGGCACCGGGAUCCCUUUGGGGGGUACGACGCAGGGACGCGCCAGCUGCUCUUGGCCCAGCUGGAGCCCACGCUGCGCCUUGGCCGCCCCGCGCUGGCCCGGGGGCUCCGGGCCCUCCUGCACCCCCUCCUGGGGGAGCUGCGCCGCCAGCACCAGGCCCAGCAGCACGUGGCCCGAGCCCAGGCCCUGGCGGUGGCCGCAGUGACGGCCGUGGUGGCCGCCAGCUCCAGCGGCCGCUUCCGCAGCGCCUGCCUGGGCGCCCUGCAGGUUUGGGGGUUCGGGGGGAUACCCCCUGGGUUGGGGGUGGGUUUGGGGGUGUCCCCGGUGUCACCGUGUUCCCCCGCAGGUGCAGGACACGCCGGCGCUGGCGGCGGCCGCGCGCCGCAGAUGGGCCGAGGUCUCGCGCCGGCCGGGGCUGCCCCGUGGGGGUGA